GUAAAGUACUACAUCUGAAUCUACAUUGGUUCAUGCGUUGUGCGAUUCAUGGAAGUUGUGGAAGAAAAAUCAAUCUUUUGUUUGUUUUACAAAACCCAAUUUCAGUCCGCUCGCUAGAAAUUGGUACGGUGUUCGUAGAUCAAAAUUAUCUCGGAUAUUCCUAUCGUUUUACUAAUCGACGGGCUUCGUAGAUCGUGCGUAGAAGUAAUCUCUGUGGUGUUACAGGCAGAGUACUCAGUGGUCACUGUUGACGAAAAAAAUGUGUCCCUAUUCACUCGCGAAUGGAAAAUAUUGUCUGUAAUUGUAUUCCUGUUUGAGGCGCGACGAUGCAAUCGCUCGCUUUUCAUCAUAGAUUCAAAAGAUAGUGGCAUUCAGGACAAUGAAUAUUGCUAAAUUUGAUGAAAUUUGGUGUGUUGCGUAGAGCAGAUAUUGUCGUGAAGGAUCCACAUACAUUAUUAACUCGACAAAAUGGCGGUAAAAAAGCAUGAGCUCGUACAUGACAAUCGCAAUCAAUUGGAUUUGCAAGCUUUAGAACAAUAUAUUCAGCUGAUGAUUGACCAGUCUAACUAUAUGCCAGCCCCUCACGAGCUCGUGAAAAAUUGCCAGGAUAUCGUCAAAUGUCUUGCUCGUGCAUCAGGAAAUGAAGAACAGAUGUGGAAUCUUAUACAAACGGUCGAAGAGUAUUUACUUCGAAUUGUGAACUCUGUCCACAGCUCCCUUCGCCAUGAGAUUGUCACCGCAAUCCUUGACAAGUUUUAUACAUUUAUUUCAGACCCCCAAUCCGAUGCUUGCCCCGCCACAUCUGUGGUGCUCAUCGUAUUGGACAGUUCUGACACUGAGGGCAAUUUAUCUGCUGCACGCUGGCUAGUACAGCAGGGAGACAAUGGGCCAGCCGGGGCCGGCCUCCGGGCUUCGCUGUCUUGCCUCUAUUGCUGGCUCCAUGAGUGGCAUUUAACUCCGGCACUUGGUGACUGGGUAUUCGCUUUCAUUAAAGCCCUGGAGGAAAAUGAGCGAUUUGAUAUACUGAUUGAAGUAUCCGUGGAUAACUUGGGCCGUCUGUUCUUGGCUCUGGAUGACCCGAUAGCCCUUCGUCAGUCUGUGGCCGACGUUAUCUUCCACGUAUUAGCAUCAUUGCGCGAGUCCACCGAAGCUUUUGAUAGGAUUGCCCCGCAUGUUGGGCGUGUUUUGGCCAACCUUGCGAACGACAGUGGCCAGUGGAGCCGCCAGCUCUUACAAAACGUAGUCGACAUAUUGACUGCGGCCGUCGAUGGCUACGUUGAUGCUUUGAAAGGCGAAGCUCAAGAAAUGUUCAAGGACAAAUACAGCGACGUGAUUUCAUGUUUGGAACGGCACAUGGCUUCGCACGGGUGCCGGUACUUGCAGCAGUCUCCGUGGCGGGCUCGCAACGUUUGCUUGAGCGGCGCGAACACUCAUGCCUCGAUGCAGAAGGUGGGCCUGCUCAACCUCGGCAACACCUGCUAUAUGAACAGCGUGAUGCAGGCCUUGCUCGUCACCAGGCAGUUCAGCACCCACGUGAUGCUCAAGAUGAAUGCAGUGCCAUACUGGUCUAAGAUGGGCGUUUUAUUCAGCAAAAUGAUGCACUCCAUCACUACCAAGCUGAACCCCGAUGAGUUUUUCAGCGUGGUGAAGCCACCAUUCUUCACCAGAAAUAAUCAACACGACAGCUCCGAAUUUCUGGGGUAUCUGUUUGAGCUGCUGCAGUCGUACGAGCAUUGCUCCGAUGUCAACUUUGACUACUCUAAGCCGGCUGUUCUGUCCAGUCACAGCCGACAUCGCGCCGUGGUCGCCGCUUCGCAGUCUACGAGUGCGGACGCCAAUGAUAAUGUGGAACCUCGCCCAAGCAGCAGUGGUUACGUUGCAGGGUCCUCCAGCACCGGACAAAAGCGACCUUCAGGAGAUGCCGAGAAUGGGCCGUCGAAGAAACGCAUACGCAUGGCUGAGUCGACGUUCCUGCGCCGCGACUCCUUCAUAGACAGCAUGUUCGGCGGCGUACUGCUGACGCGCGUCGAAUGCACCGUGUGCCAUUCAUCCUCGCUCUCGCGCGAUGUUUUCCGCGACUUACAACUCGCAUUCCCCGAAAAGCUUGACGGCUGGCAGCACAAUGUGCAGAGUCUUCUAGAGUACUACUGCUCGAAGGAGAGCCUCACCGGGGAGAAUCGGUACCGGUGCCGAGACUGCGGCGUCCUCCGCGACGCCGAGCGCAGCGUGCUCAUAGAGACGACACCCAAGUACCUGAUCCUAAUAUUAAAAAAUUUCAAAACUUCCUUCAACAGGUUUGAUCCGAAGCUGCAGGUGCAGACAAAGCUGAUGCACUCCAUGUACCACAACCACAACAUCACGCUGCCGACGGUGCGCUCGCAGACCGUGCACGCCUCCUACAGCCUGUACGCCGCCGUCAUACACGACGGUACCACGCUCGACUCCGGACACUACUACACCCUGGCCAAGGACAACGGCCAGUGGCACAUUUACAAUGACGACACCGUCACUACCUCCGACGAGGCGGAACUCAACGGCCUGAACCGCUCGAGCACGCCCUACAUCUUGUUCUACAGGCGCACUGACAUCGAAGAAGGCACGGCUCCAUCAAUGACCGAGCUGCCACCGAAGGUUCAGGAGCUGGUGAUGUCACACAAUAAGCAGUACGUGGAGAAGGUACGCACCCUGCGGCUGACUCGCCCAUGACAAUACUUCUCCUAGGUAUUGUAUAGAAUACCGGGGUAGUCCAGGCAAUGUGUAAAAUGCUAUGAAAUGUUCAAACUAUUUCACACAUAACCUAGGAAACGUAUAGAAUACCUAGUCUGCGUCAGGAUCCCUGCCACAACUCUCCGAUCCUCUCGAAAUACAUAUAGAGAGUUGCUACCUAAUUGCAACUAAUGGUAGCUGGUAGCAAUUAGGUAGCAACUCUGCUGUAUGUAUUUCGAGAGGAUCGAAGAGUUGUGACAGUGAUCCUGACGCAGACAAUACCUAGGCAUUUUAUAGAAUGCCGGUUGACGUGUCUAUGUUCAGUAGCGGCGUAAGGGGGGCGAGAGGGAGGCGGUCCGCCCCGGGGGCCACAUCUCGGGGGGUGCCAUCUUGGUCGACACAUAUCUGGACGACCAGGAUGGUGCGGGCAAAAGGGACAAGUCACUAAGGGUGACAUUCUAAUCUGCGAAGCCUAGGUUCACUACCGUUUACUGUUUCAUUUUACUUAUAUACCAAUUUUAAACACUAGACAUCGAGGCGGGUGACACCCCUCUCAGUCCGACUGUCACCCCUCUCUUGUAUUUUAAUUAGAAAAAAAAAUUCGCUCGCUUCGCUCGCAGUUUUUUCUUAAUUUCAAUUUUGUUCUGCCCUUGCUUUUUAAGUCCUCAAUAUAACGCACUGAAAAAUUUAAAGCACCGAAUUAGCAAAAGCAACUGACGCUCGCUUCAGUCACGGUUUCUUUUUAUUUGUGCUUAAUUCAGAGUUAAAAUAGAGUCCUCAAAAAUAACAAUUUCAAAAAAUCACUUGACAGUAUUUAUUUGUAAGUUGUUUAGGCGCUAUUUGUAAGCGGAGGUGGAGGACUUUUGUGUUCCAAAACUCAAAAAUUUCGAAAACUCUUUACAGUGGUAAGCUUUUAUCAUACUUUUAAUAGACUUUGGGUAACAUAAUUAUAAUUUGAAAGGAAAUAAAAUCUUAGGUAACACCUUUGAACAAACUAAAAUAGACUCAUAUUAAAAUUGAAAUAUAGUUACUACCUACUUGUAUGUACUCGAUAACAAUAAGAAAGUCUUCAAGAAUCAAGCUCUUUAUUUGCUAAGAAUGUAGGUACAAGCAAUAAGAUGUUACAUAUAAAUUAGUCAGAUCCACUACAAUCUGCCUUACGGCGUGCAAAUUGUAAGUAAAUAAAAGAAAAAAUAGAAAUUGGUCUUAACACUAAAUACAUUAUUAUUUGAAAUCUUAAUCUUGGAUGUCAAAUAUUAAGUAAGUUAGUCUUAACAAUCACAAUUAUUCACUCAAUGUCGUAUUAUUUAAAAAGUCAUUUACUGAGUAAUAGCAUUUGGCCAAUAGAAGUUUAGUUAGCUGAGAUUUAAAAAUGUUUGUCGGAUUAUCCUUGUCUUCAUACUCGUGUGCAAAGUAAUCAACACAAAACCUAUGCGCUACGCUAGGAAAAUAAUAACAUAUGAUAACCGUGGUCGUUCAAUAUAAUUCCAUUAUAAUUCAAUAUAUAAAAUUUAAAAUAAUUUUAUUUAUUUGCAUGACUCGCCAUCUCACCACCAUAUACUAAAAAAAUAUAUACAGUGCAGAUGUGCCUCCCUACCACACGGGAAGUAGGUAAUGAACAUAUUGUCAUCAAAACUACGAAUAAUUGCGAUAAAAUUUAUAAAAAUUAUGUAUAAGAAUGUAAAUUUACUUGGUUUUGAAUUCACCAGUAAACCCCAGUUUGGCUACAUUUACACUAGCAGAGUGCGGCUGCAAGUCCUUUAAACAUGUUGGACUAAUGUAAUAAUGUAUUUAACAGUUUAUGUAGAUAAAUAACGAGCGGUAGCGUUGGGUGGUAAUCUUUGAGGAUGGCAACUUGUCACAAGGGGAAAAAACAACUUUAAAUUACAAUUACAACAAAGGGAAGAGAGUACACCAAAAAUACAGGAAAAAUAACUUAUGAACGAUCUGAGAUCGGGAAGUCGGGGGUGGAGACGGAGAAAAUUGGUUUAUCACGAUCAACGGGUAUUCUGAAAAAAUGUCUAUCGUUAGAAUAUAUUAUGUCAAUGAUUUCUGAACACAAGAAGUAAAUUUGUAUAUAUUACAGUUACUUUAUUAUUUAAAAUAAUGAGUUACGUUCAUAAUUCACUAAUUGUUAAAUGAAUUAUUAUGAAAUUAUCGUUACGAUGAUGAAAAAAUUACAAAACACUGUCGGGCUAACAGUACGAUUUCGAUUCGAUAUCGACUUACGAAUGGUAUGCGUAGAACGGUCGAGUUUCUUUUAAGCAACGCAUUGUGCAAUAUAAUAAUACUUAGACCGUAACAUACAUAUGUCAUAAAAAGCUACAUGAGUUUCUGUAUAUUAUUUAUGGAGUAUUUAUAAGUGAACUAUUUAAACAUAAGAAUCUUUAAAUGUCAUCUUCAGCUUUUGCAAAAAACCUCGUUAUAUUAAUUAAAUAUGGAUGUUAGAAUAAUUUAAAAUUAUAUCAUAGAAUUUCAUCGUGUUGACAUUACAUCUUAAUAAUGUAUUUAACUCAUUGCAAAUUAUAUGAAUUAUGUCAAGAAUUACAAUGUGUGUAAUUGGUAGUUUUAAAAUUGAAAGAUUUCAGUGAAUUCAGAGUAUAUUAUUGAUGUUAAGAUAAUUGUGUAUCCUUAGAUUAAGUAGAUAAUCGAAGAAGCAGUCAACGUUACUGUUUUUAGAAAUAGAAUUUUAACAUUUAACACAUAGUAAAGUAAUUUUUGAAGACAUCUCUACAUGUUCCAUGUUAAUAAUAUACUAGCCAAUCUCUGAAAUUGCACACUCUAAUUACACUAGUCUGCAGCAUAUUACAAUACAGCUGAACUUUAAGAUAGGUAUAGGUGUAAAUCCCGACGUGCUAGAGCAACUUCCGUGUUCUAGACUCAGACCUACAAGAAAGCAUGUUUCACCUUGGCUAAAAAAAAAUGUAGACUAGUGUUACCUAACCAAGUGUUUGAUGUGUAGUAACGAGGUUUCUUGCAAAAGGGUCUAUUUUACUUGAGUCGAUGUAUUUAUUUUUAUUUUUUGACCACAUUAAAAAUUAUGUUAUUUUGUUUUCUGUAUGUUUUAGAAAUGGUUAUAAUCUAAAUUCGGCUAUUUAUGUUUUUUUUUUAAUCCUUAUUGUAUUUUUUAUUCACAAUAAAGAGUGAUUAAUUACU